AGGAAAUUAGGCGUGAAAAGAGGUAACAUUACAGGAGAAAAAUAAAGUUGUGGAUUCCGCUCCGGGGGACAUGAUGUCUUCUGCAGCUGUAUGAAAGAUGUAAACUCCACACUGUAGUAAUGUAACGCAGAGAUACUGGGCCCACGUGGAUGUAGCCUACAGUUGUCUACAUGAAUCUGGAGCUAUGGCAAAUCACAACUAUAACAUCACAUAAUAAUGGAUACUCAUCACCUUAUCGACAGAGUACUCUGCCCUGGAAGUAACAUUGGAUUGUUUUUGUAUUUUAUUUCUGCAAUACUACAUUACGUUGAUGCACCGCACAAGAGAAUCAGCGCUUGAGAAAUUCAGUUCACGCAUUUCAAGAACCUGCGCCCAAGAAAGAAUUCAUGGGUGGCGAAGUAUUACACUUAUUUACAAUUGAGACUUUUAUAGUGAGUCACCUAUAGGUUUUUAUAUAGAUUUUGCGGAAUUUACCCAAAGGACGAGGGAAAUAUCAUAUUUUGAAAAUGAAAGAAAAAUCUAAAAAUGCUGCCCGGACUCGUCGGGAAAAGGAAAAUAGUGAAUUCUAUGAGCUGGCCAAACUACUGCCUCUGCCUUCUGCCAUCACGUCUCAGCUUGAUAAAGCUUCAAUUAUUAGACUCACAACAAGCUACUUGAAAAUGAGAAUAGUUUUUCCUGAAGGUCUGGGAGAGUCCUGGGGCCACGUGAGUCGGACCGGUUCUCUGGAUAAUGUCGGUCGAGAGCUAGGAUCACAUCUUUUACAGACACUGGACGGGUUCAUUUUUGUGGUUGGUCCGGACGGGAAAAUCAUGUACAUAUCUGAAACAGCAUCAGUCCAUUUGGGCUUAUCACAGGUAGAGCUGACAGGAAAUAGUAUUUACGAAUACAUCCACCCUGCUGACCACGACGAAAUGACGGCGGUGCUAACGGCUUGUCAACCCUACCAUUCGCACUUUGUUCAAGAAUAUGAAAUUGAACGUUCCUUCUUCUUGAGAAUGAAAUGCGUUCUUGCUAAAAGAAAUGCUGGUCUGACGUGUGGUGGAUACAAGGUGAUCCACUGCAGUGGGUACUUAAAGAUUCGUCAGUAUAGCUUGGACAUGUCUCUGUUUGAUGGCUGCUACCAGAAUGUGGGCUUGGUGGCAGUGGGCCACUCUCUACCUCCCAGUGCGGUCACUGAGAUAAAACUACACAGCAACAUGUUCAUGUUCAGAGCCAGUCUGGAUAUGAAGCUCAUCUUCCUUGAUUCCAGGGUUGCAGAGCUGACAGGCUAUGAGCCUCAAGAUCUUAUAGAGAAGACCAUAUACCACCAUGUCCAUAGUUGCGACACCUUCCAUCUCAGAUGUGCACACCACUUGUUGCUGGUAAAAGGUCAGGUGACCACUAAAUACUACAGGUUCCUAGCUAAGCAGGGUGGCUGGGUCUGGGUCCAGAGCUACGCCACCAUCGUACACAACAGCCGUUCAUCCAGACCCCACUGUAUCGUCAGUGUCAACUACGUCUUGACUGAUACAGAGUAUAAAGGUCUGCAGCUGUCUCUUGACCAAGUGACAGGCACAAAGCCAUCCUUCCUCUACAGCAGCACUCCCACCAGCCUCAAUGAGAACCGCAGAGCACCCAAGAGCAGAGUGUCCCGACCGAAAGCCAAGGCUCGACUGUCUCCUUACACACAGUACACUGGUUUCCCGGUUGAGCGCUCAGAGUCAGAUCAGGACAGCCCUUGGGCGGGAAGCCCUGUCAAUGACACUGCCUCACCUCAGCUGGUGGAGCAGAGGGAGCGGCUCGACUCCUCCUGUGCCUACAGGCAGUUCUCCGAGCCACAUUCCCUCUGCCACAGCCAUCCAAUCACUGAUGAGCCCCAUCGCCACAGUCACAGUGACAACCAUUCCAACCCCUACACAAACGGUCACAACCAGAUCUGUGGGCGGGGACGUUGUGAGGCAGGGAGGUACUUCCUGGGGACUCCCCAAGUUGGGAGAGAGGCAUGGUGGGGAGCCGCCCGCUCUGUACUGCCUCUGACCAAGACCUCAUCACUGGAGAAUGGAGAAGUUUAUGAGAGCAGCAUGCCCCACAUCUCUGCCAUCCAUAACCAAAAUAGCCAUGGCCAAUGGGACGAGGACAGCGUGGUCAGCUCGCCAGAAGGAGGCUCCGCCAGUGACUCUGGGGACCAUUACCGCGCUGACCCAUUUCGGACCAGCUCCCAGGAGCCGAGCAAGAUUGAAACUUUGAUCAGAGCCACACAACAGAUGAUUAAGGAGGAGGAGAAUCGGGUGCUGCACCGCAGCCAUCUCCACCCAGGCCCUAACACUCCUAUAGGACCUGCAAAUGGCCUUCCUAAGGGCCCUGGCCCCUGCUUCACAAUCGACUACCCCCAGGGGGUUUUGCAAAGCGUCUUAUGCCAUGGGCUGGGUCAGGUGAUCAGCCCCGCCUCCAGCCCUGCCCCGUUGUCCAGACUUAGAAGCCCAGGUUCUGACCACCACCUUCACAAGCACAAAGACUACCUCCAGCAAACUGGUCAGACAGACCUUUCCCCUGUCCCUCUCCAGUACCAGCUGGGCCAAACAGGCCCAUCCUCAGCCACCUCCCUCUGCUAUUCACAUCCUCACCCCCAAACCCAAGGGGGGAGGCUCUACUUGGACAAGCAUGCUGCUACUUUCUCCCUGACUGGCUAUGCUGUGGAGCACCUGUAUGACACAGAGAGCCUCAGGGGCUCUGCUGGCUCCACCCACUAUGAUGUGACUUCACACUUGUGCAUGCAGGCUGAGCAAGGGCCGGGACACAAGGGGACCUCAGUAAUUAUAACCAAUGGCAGCUAACGCAAAGCUCAUUUAAUUACACUAAGACAGCGUCUGAAAUUGCAUCCUAAUAGCUACUGUUUGUAUGUAUAGGGCCCAUUUACUGCUCUAGUCAAAAGUGGUGCACCAUAAAUGGAAUAAGGUACCAUUCUGGACACUUACUAAUACAUAAAGAAGAAACUGUAAUUUCAAUUAAUCUUAAUGCCAUGACCUUAGCACAGCGUCUUACGGAUGUUAUCCAUGAAAAAUCCUAUCCUACAUAGAGAUUUUCUUUUUUUCUUUUUUUCAGAAAUACAUCACUCCAGUUGCACUGCCAGAAAUGAAGUCGUAUUGUGGGAACCUCAUCCCCAUGGCUAAAGAUGGUGUUAUUGAUAUGUUUUGAGGGCAAGUUUCCAUUUCAGUGCACUUUGCAGUGAUGUGUAUGACCAGAAUCAGAAUUCUACAAGAUACACUAGACCAACUGUAGUUAAGUAAAACUAGCACUAUAGUUAAACUACAGUUGUCAUCAGCAUUGGCGGGGACAAAUAAACAAAAAAAUAAGCAUAGCACCCCCAUUAACAUCCCCAAGAAUUAUUCAGGAAUGCAUUGUGUCAGUUGAGCCCAACGUCCAUGUGUCGGGUGACCAUUCGCCAAUCAGCGCCCCCGGUGAUCAGCACCACCUGACUUUCGACCUAGUACCUUCUUAUCUCUCCCAAUCAAAACUUCCUGGAAUUGCUAUUGGACAUCAGUAAUUAUGCAAAUGUAUUUUGUCUAAGUUUUUUUCCUGCUAUUUAGUGGUGUGGAUUAAGAGCAGUGUACCCACAUCUUUCAUAAGAGAAUGAUAAGAAAUCUGGGAUUGUUAAAAAUCCAGGCAAUCCUUAUUAUUUUUUUAAUAAAGGAAACAUUAAAAUAAUUAUAGAGAUUGGGGAACUGAAUAUGUAACAAAAUUAUUGGAAAUGCCCUGGACCUGAGUGAAGGAUCUCGAUCUUUUAGAAAAAGUGUUGAAAGGGGUGGAAGAGUUAUAUACUCUAUGAUCAAAGUAUUCAAAGGGCCAAUGUCCAAAAACACACUAUUCUUAAGAAAUGAUCACACAUUGCCCUAAAGUGAGCUCCCCUUGUCGGAAAUGUAUCACUACCCAUGAAAUUUAGGUUCAGGUGAAAAUCAGGUUGUUUAGGGAGGGAUAUUCUGUUUAUUUCUAUGGUUUAGAAUCAGCUGUCAGUGUUAUUUUAUCUUCUAAACCAAUGGUUUAUUUACAAGCUGGGACUUUUCAAAUGGAUGCAAAUUUCAGAUGAAUGAUCACAUGACUGCUGUCACCUUUAAAAAUGUUUUUACUGAAAACAGAUUGUAUGCAUUUUCUUACAGUACCUCUGAUUUUAAACAAUGUUUAUCUCAAAACUGUUAUUCUGGAAAGAUUUGUCAGGAGAUUUUGUUAACUCCGUCAGAUUUGUCUAAAUGAAUUUUGAAGUAGCAGGAUCAGCUAUACUAUAAGGACCCCGUAAGCAGGGGCGUUGGAC